GUCGCACGGUCUCCAUUCAAUCUUCUCUUCUCUUCAUCUCGCCUUUUAAUUGUGCAACCACAAAGCAGCAGUAGCGAUAAGAGCUUUGAACGCAAAGACGAGCGUCAUGGAGAUCUCAGAGAAGAGGAUUGGUACCGAGAAGGUUGAAUCCAUCAACCAUGAUUCUGGGGGCGAGCUUGUCGAUGAGAAGACCGGAACUGCCGAGGAUCGCGCUGAUAUGGCCCGCAUGGGAAAGGUUCAGGAGCUUCGGCGGAACUUUCGAUUCGUCUCCAUCUGGGCCUUCUCCAUGAUUUUGGUCGCGUCUUGGGAAUGUUCUUUAGUACUUGCGAGCGUCAGUUUGUUCAAUGGCGGAACGGCGGGAUACAUAUGGAUAUUCUUCAUAUGCUGGAUGGGAUUUAUGCUCGUGAAUACCUCAAUGGCAGAGAUGGCAUCGAUGGCUCCAACAACCGGCGGUCAAUAUCACUGGAUAUCCGAGUUCUCGCCGAGAAAACACCAGAAAUUCCUGAGCUACAUCAUGGGCUGGCUUUGCGUCCUUGGCUGGCAAGGAGGUUGUGCCAGCUCGUCUUUCAUGGCAGGGACGAUGAUUCAAGGCCUAAUUGCGCUCAAUCAUCCGGAUACUUACGUUCCUGAAGGGUGGCACGGGACCUUGCUCACCAUAGCAGUUGCUGCCUUUGCGGUUUUCUUCAACACAUUUCUCGCAAGACAUCUUCCGACUAUCGAGUCUGGCUUAUUAGUGAUCCACUUCGGUGCGUUCAUUGGAAUCCUUGCCACUCUUUGGGCUUUGUCACCAGACAUUGCCGACGCGGAGAUUUUCACUCAGUUUUACGACGGCGGAGGUUGGAAUAGCUUCGGCAUUAGCACCCUUGCAGGGAUAACGUCAGGGAUUAUCCCCCUGCUGGGAGCCGACGCAGCAGCCCAUAUGUCUGAAGAACUCCAGUCAGCUAGCAGAACCAUCCCUCGGUCGAUGAUUUUGACUACAGCAGUUAAUGGGCUUCUUGCAUGGAUUAUGAUUAUUACAUUCACCUUCUGCGUAGGGUCCAAUGUCGACGAAAUUGUCGCAACAUCCACAGGUUACCCAUACAUGGCGCUAUUUUACAAAUCGACAGGAUCCACAGCCUCAGCAACAAUUAUGUCAGUGUUCAUCCUGUUGAUGCUGAUCAGCUCCAACCUGUCCAUCGUGGCUACAGCCUCCAGACAGCUCUUCGCGUUCGCCAGGGACGAGGGUCUACCCUUCUCCACCUGGUUCGCCAGGGUGUCGCGAAACGAGCUCCCAAUGAACGCUAUCAUUGUCACCUUUAUUACUUCAGCUCUGCUCUCACUGAUCAAUAUCGGUUCUGCCACGGCUCUCAACUCCAUCACGUCCCUGUCUACGAACGCGCUGUUGUCGAGCUACAUCUGCUCUAUCGGCUGCAUGAUCUGGCGUCGGUGGACAGGCGCCCCUCUGCUUCCAAGUCACUUUAGUUUGGGGCGCUGGGGGCUGAUACUGAAUAUCUCCUCUGUGGCAUUUCUGAUUUUCGCGUUCAUUUUCUCCUUCUUCCCUGUAUCUCCGCAUCCAGCGGGAAAUGUCAUGAAUUGGAACAUGCUCAUAUACGGUGUAGUGGUGGUCUUCUCCAUGGCGUAUUACUUUGUUCAAGGACGCAAAAUCUACGUGGGGCCGUGUGAAUAUGUUAGAAAGUUGGAUUGAGAUUGGCGUAGAACAAUUUUGAAAAGAGCGUUAUACAUAUUACGAUUGAGAUA